GGGCACGGGCCGUGCAUGAAAGAGGUGUAGGUACGCGGGCGACCGGCGCCACAAAUUGGCCCACUCCAUCUUGAGCCUUGAAAGAUAUCGACUGCGAUAUUCGACAGUCCUGCGAACCAGUCCGAGUCCCUUCUCAUUUACAAAAAUAGCAUCAGUGGAGCUUGCUUCGCCGGACCAUGAAUGAGAGGUCGCACGGCGCAGAGGCGCAGUUAUACACCGCCAACCUCGACCACACGCUGAAAGAGCUUCAGAAGAAGAUUCGAGAACAUGAGAAUGAAUUGCAAAAGCUCCGUUCGAGCCAAGUUGAACUUCCCCCCUCCGUCAAAGGGCAGGCUCAAGUGAUCAAAGCUGCUCUGGACGAGGUGACAGAUUCUGAACCGUUUUUGCCGUCCCCAGGAUCCCUCCUCCCGGCAUUGCUGGCCUUGCGCAAGACACAUCAGACGAUCAAGGAUUCCAAUACCUAUCUUGUGUCGCAACGCACCAGCUAUGAGCUGGUCGCGCGCCAGCUGGAGGCAGACCAAGCCCGACUAAAGGACCAAAAUCUACUCAAGGAUGCUCUUGAAGCGCGAAUCCAGUCCCUGCGCAGUGAGCUGGACGUCAAUGCUGAUGUGACCCCAGAAGCGGGCGCGCGAGAGCACCUCCAGGAGCUGAGGAAAAAGAAAAAAGGGUAUGACCAGGAAACCUCAAAGCUCAUGAAAGUACUGCUCGGGUUCAUCAAUGACAAUCUCGCACCAAUGCUCGCAGCGGAGGAGCUCGGUGGGCCCGUCGUGGGCGAUCUCAUGGACAUUGAGGGCGACGAUCUUGCGGCCGGCUUCAACUCUCAGGGAAAGUUGAAGAAGGCCCCAGAAGGCGCAGGCAAGGACGACAAGCGUCAGCGGCGAAUCGAUGAAAUCUGGGGCCAAGCUGGCAACGACGAGCAGAGCGAGAGGACUGGACCGCAAGACGAGGUUGUUGCAGCUAGCGCGGAGAUGAAGCAGCUCACUGAAGAGCUCCUCAACACGCUCUCCGAGGCCAAGGGCAACACCGAGGCGGCAUAUGUCCAACUACCAAGAGAAUCAGCCGCAGCUCGGUUCCUUGUGCGGUCAAAGGUGGCACAGUUCCACCCAAAAGAUGCGACGAGGCUCAGACUCAUUGACUUUGGAAGGGAGUUGGAGGCUUAGAGUCGCAAAAAUGGGUACACAGCUAUGUAGCACUGAGUUUGGAGUCCAUACACUGAAUGAUGAUGAGAAAACGGCCUAGCAGGCUGAGAACGCGGACUUCACUCCCCUGUAAUUUCCCU